AUGACGCCACCGAUGCGGAAGGACUGCGAUGUACUCGCCAUGGGCAUCGAGGGAAGCGCCAAUAAGCUGGGCGUAGGCAUCAUCCGCUACCGCGCCGAUGGUGAAACGGAGAUUCUGUCCAACCCACGCAAGACGUACAUCACGCCGCCAGGCCAGGGGUUUCUGCCGCGCGAGACUGCUUGGCACCACCAGAACCACGUGGUGGGUAUCGUGCGGGCGGCAUUGGCGGAGGCCGGCGUCUCUCCGAAACAACUAGACUGCAUAUGCUACACAAAGGGACCUGGAAUGGGCGGUCCACUGCGCUCUGCCGCCGUCUGCGCGCGUAUGCUAUCCUUACUGUGGAACAAGCCGCUGAUUGGCGUCAACCACUGCGUCGGACAUAUUGAGAUGGGUCGGACGGUGACCAAGGCUGCUGACCCCGUCGUGCUGUAUGUCAGUGGCGGCAACACUCAAGUCAUCGCCUAUUCGAUGCAAUGCUACCGUAUAUUUGGUGAGACGAUCGAUAUCGCUGUUGGAAACUGCCUGGACCGCUUCGCUCGAGUGCUAGAGCUGUCGAAUGACCCAAGUCCAGGAUACAAUAUCGAAGUGCUGGCGAGAGAAGGCAAGAAGUUCAUUGAACUGCCGUACAUUGUAAAGGGCAUGGAUGUGUCGUUCUCGGGGAUCUCAACCUUCAUCGAGAAGGAAGCCAACGACAAGAUCAAAUCGGGAGAAUGCACCAAGGCGGACUUGUGUUAUUCGUUGCAAGAGACGAUUUUCGCCAUGCUGGUGGAAAUUACGGAGCGUGCGAUGGCGCACUGUGGCCAAUCCCAAGUGCUUAUCGUCGGUGGCGUCGGAUGCAACUUGCGUCUUCAGGAAAUGAUGGGGAUUAUGGCGAAAGAGCGCAACGGACGCGUCUGCGCUAUGGACCAGCGCUAUUGUAUCGACAAUGGUGCGAUGAUUGCUCAAGCUGGAGUUCUUGAAUUCCAAUACGGAAAGACCACGCCACUGAAGGAGGCUACUUGCACGCAAAGAUUCCGCACCGACGAGGUUCCUGUCAUUUGGCGCUCCGAUUGA